UAGAUAAGAUUGAUUCAAUCUCUCAGUAGCAGCCAUUGAAGAUAAGCAUUUGAAGAAGAAUCGCAAAACAAAUCAUUUAUUAUGAACAAUGAAGAACUGUUUUGUUCUGGAAGUGAUACUGUUAUAUUUAAUUUCUCAUGUUAAAAUGGAUAAUAAUUUUGUAUUCAAAUUAAAAGAUGCGCCACAACUCUACAAGGAUUUCACUAAGAGAUACCAUCGGACGUUUCAAAGUGAAUAUGACUACAAUCAGCGAUACCUGAAUUUCAUUCAAACUUUGAGGUAUAUAAAUAGUAUAAAUGCACAAACAUUCACACAACAAAAGGUCUUGCCAAAUCAAUUUGCUGAUUAUUCUGACGAUGAAAGAAGAGACUAUUUGAGAAAAACAGCGAAACGCAUAGACCCUGAACUAAGAAUGAUAUUGAGGAUGAAUGAAGACCCAGAAAUUUCAUAA